GUCAAACAUGGCUGAAGCGCUGCCGCUGCCGCUACUGCCGCUGCAGGGAAAAUGCUGAGCCCUCCCGGGCCGGGUGGGCGGCGGCGGCGAGGGCGGCGACGGGGACCCGCUUCCCGAGCGCGGCGGCGGCGGCCAUGGCCCGGCUGGCUGACUACUUCAUCGUGGUAGGCUAUGACCACGAGAAGCCAGGAUCAGGAGAAGGUCUGGGGAAAAUAAUCCAGAGAUUUCCACAGAAGGACUGGGAUGAUACACCUUUUCCACAGGGAAUUGAGUUGUUUUGUCAGCCUGGCGGGUGGCAGCUGUCCAGAGAGAGGAAGCAGCCAACAUUCUUUGUGGUUGUCCUGACAGAUAUUGACUCAGAUCGACAUUACUGCUCAUGCCUAACCUUCUACGAGGCAGAGAUCAAUCUUCAGGGGACAAAGAAGGAAGAGAUUGAAGGUGAAGCAGAAGUGUCUGGUUUAAUUCAGCCUGCAGAAGUGUUUGCUCCCAAAAGCCUGGUGUUGGUAUCCAGAUUAUAUUAUCCAGAAAUUUUUAGGGCUUGCCUGGGUUUGAUCUAUACCGUGUAUGUGGACAGCCUGAAUGUCUCCUUGGAAAGUCUAAUUGCAAACCUUUGUGCCUGCCUUGUCCCAGCGGCUGGAGGGUCUCAGAAGCUGUUUUCUUUGGGUGCAGGAGAUAGACAGCUGAUCCAGACUCCUUUACAUGAUAGUCUUCCUGUCACGGGCACUAGUGUGGCUCUCCUGUUCCAGCAAUUGGGAAUUCAAAAUGUCCUCAGCCUGUUUUGUGCAGUCCUCACAGAAAAUAAGGUUCUCUUCCAUUCUGCAAGUUUCCAGAGACUUAGCGAUGCUUGUAGAGCCCUGGAAUCUUUAAUGUUUCCUCUUAAAUAUAGUUAUCCUUAUAUCCCUAUUCUCCCGGCUCAGCUACUGGAAGUUCUAAGUUCCCCAACACCUUUCAUUAUUGGAGUACAUUCUAUCUUUAAAACUGAUAUCCAUGAACUUUUAGAUGUAAUCAUAGCAGAUUUGGAUGGAGGCACUAUUAAAAUUCCUGAAUGUAUUCACCUCUCGUCCCUCCCAGAACCACUUCUACAUCAGACUCAAUCAGCUCUUUCUUUGAUUUUACACCCAGAUUUGGAAGUAGCAGAUCAUGCUUUUCCUCCUCCACGAACAGCUUUAUCACACUCAAAAAUGCUGGAUAAAGAGGUGCGAGCAGUUUUCCUUAGAUUAUUUGCACAACUCUUCCAAGGAUAUAGAUCCUGCCUGCAACUUAUAAGAAUUCAUGCAGAGCCAGUAAUACAUUUCCACAAGACAGCAUUCUUGGGGCAGCGUGGUUUGGUCGAGAAUGAUUUCCUUACUAAAGUACUCAACGGAAUGGCAUUUGCAGGUUUUGUUUCAGAAAGAGGUCCUCCUUAUAGAUCUUGUGAUCUCUUUGAUGAGUUGGUAGCCUUUGAAGUAGAGAGAAUUAAAGUUGAAGAAAAUAACCCCGUGAAGAUGAUAAAGCAUGUCAGAGAACUUGCUGAGCAACUAUUCAAAAAUGAGAAUCCAAAUCCUCAUAUGGCAUUUCAGAAAGUUCCGCGGCCAACAGAAGGAUCCCACUUGCGAGUUCAUAUUCUUCCUUUCCCAAAGAUUAAUGAAGCCCGGGUUCAGGAAUUAAUACAGGAAAAUCUUGCUAAGAACCAGAAUGCACCUCCUGCCACACGAGUAGAAAAGAAAUGUGUUGUGCCAGCAGGUCCACCUGUUGUUUCGAUAAUGGACAAGGUGACAACAGUUUUCAACAGUGCACAGAGACUAGAAGUUGUCAGAAACUGUAUCUCAUUCAUAUUUGAAAAUAAAAUUUUGGAAACUGAAAAGACCCUUCCUGCUGCACUCAGAGCCCUUAAAGGAAAGGCAGCGAGACAGUGUCUCACUGAUGAAUUGGGUUUGCAUGUCCAGCAAAACCGGGCAAUAUUAGACCAUCAACAGUUUGACUACAUAAUAAGGAUGAUGAAUUGUACUCUGCAGGAUUGUUCAAGUUUAGAAGAAUACAACAUUGCCGCAGCAUUACUCCCUUUGACCAGUGCUUUCUAUAGGAAACUUGCCCCUGGAGUCAGCCAGUUUGCUUACACAUGUGUACAAGACCACCCCAUUUGGACAAAUCAGCAAUUUUGGGAGACAACCUUUUACAAUGCAGUGCAGGAACAGGUUCGCUCCCUUUAUCUCUCAGCCAAGGAAGACAAUCAUGCCCCACAUCUGAAGCAAAAGGAUAAGCUUCCUGAUGACCAUUAUCAGGAGAAGACAGCAAUGGACCUGGCAGCUGAGCAACUACGCCUUUGGCCUACCCUGAGCAAGUCAACUCAGCAAGAGCUAGUGCAACAUGAGGAAAGCACUGUCUUUAGUCAGGCCAUUCACUUUGCAAACCUCAUGGUGAACCUGCUAGUUCCACUCGACACAAGUAAAAACAAGCUCCUAAGAACAUCAGCGCCAGGUGACUGGGAGAGCGGAAGCAACAGCAUUGUCACAAACAGUAUUGCAGGAAGUGUAGCUGAGAGCUAUGAUACAGAGAGUGGGUUUGAAGAUUCAGAGAAUAAUGACAUUGCCAAUUCUGUUGUGCGGUUCAUUACCCGAUUUAUUGACAAAGUUUGUACAGAGAGUGGAGUUACUCAGGAUCACAUCAAGAGCCUUCAUUGCAUGAUACCAGGAAUUGUAGCUAUGCACAUUGAGACCCUAGAAGCAGUACAUCGAGAAAGCAGAAGACUUCCGCCUAUUCAGAAGCCCAAGAUUCUUAGACCUGCUCUGCUGCCAGGAGAAGAAAUUGUCUGUGAGGGUCUUCGAGUCUUGCUGGAUCCUGAUGGAAGAGAAGAAGCUACAGGAGGUCUUCUUGGAGGCCCUCAGCUCCUGCCAGCAGAAGGAGCCUUGUUCCUCACCACAUACAGAAUUCUCUUCAGAGGAACACCCCAUGAUCAGUUAGUGGGUGAGCAGACAGUUGUGCGGAGCUUUCCCAUUGCCUCCAUCACCAAGGAGAAGAAGAUUACAAUGCAGAACCAGCUACAGCAGAACAUGCAAGAAGGACUGCAGAUCACAUCAGCAUCUUUUCAGUUGAUUAAGGUAGCAUUUGAUGAAGAAGUCAGUCCAGAAGUAGUAGAGAUCUUUAAGAAACAGCUGAUGAAGUUCCGUUAUCCUCAGUCCAUUUUCAGUACCUUUGCUUUUGCUACUGGACAAACUACCCCACAAAUAAUUUUACCAAAACAGAAGGAAAAGAACACUUCUUUUCGUACCUUCUCAAAAACAAUUGUGAAAGGUGCCAAAAGGGCAGGGAAAAUGACAAUUGGGCGGCAAUAUUUACUGAAGAAGAAGACAGGGACAAUUGUGGAAGAAAGAGUAAAUCGUCCUGGAUGGAAUGAAGAUGAUGAUGUAUCUGUUUCAGAUGAGAGUGAGCUCCCCACAAGUACCACCCUGAAGGCCUCCGAGAAGUCUACAAUGGAACAGUUGGUGGAAAAAGCUUGUUUCAGAGACUAUCAGCGUUUAGGUUUAGGAACCAUAAGUGGCAGCUCUUCCCGUUCAAGACCCGAGUAUUUUCGAAUUACUGCCUCCAACAGGAUGUAUUCACUCUGCCGGAGCUAUCCUGGCCUUUUAGUCAUACCUCAAGCUGUACAGGACAGUAGUUUACCAAGAGUAGCUCGCUGCUAUCGACACAAUCGCCUGCCUGUUGUAUGUUGGAAGAACUCAAGAAGUGGUACUCUGCUCCUCCGAUCUGGAGGAUUCCAUGGGAAGGGAGUCGUUGGUCUUUUCAAAUCUCAGAACUCCCCUCAGGCCGCUCCUACCUCCUCUUUAGAAUCUUCCAGUAGCAUAGAGCAAGAGAAAUACUUGCAAGCCUUACUGAAUGCCGUUUCUGUCCAUCAGAAACUCAGAGGCAACAGCACUCUUACAGUCAGGCCAGCCUUUGCUCUAUCUCCAGGGACUGAAAGGAGGACUUCAAGAAUGUCCACUGUGCUUAAGCAGGUAGUGCCAGGACAUUUGGAUGUAAACCCAUCCAAUAGCUUUGCUCAAGGAGGUGUGUGGGCAAGUCUUCGCUCUAGCACUCGCUUGAUCAGCUCUCCAACAUCCUUCAUUGAUGUUGGCGCCCGACUGGCAGGCAAGGAUCACUCGGCCUCCUUCAGUAACAGCACCUACCUACAAAACCAGCUCUUGAAACGGCAAGCAGCCCUUUACAUAUUUGGUGAAAAGUCGCAACUAAGGAACUUCAAGAUAGAAUUUGCUUUAAAUUGUGAGUUUGUUCCUGUUGAAUUUCAUGAAAUCCGGCAAGUGAAAGCCAGUUUUAAGAAGCUGAUGAGGGCUUGUAUCCCAAGCACCAUCCCUACUGACUCAGAAGUGACCUUCCUGAAAGCGCUGGGAGAUUCUGAGUGGUUCCCACAGCUUCACAGGAUAAUGCAGCUGGCUGUGGUUGUAUCAGAAGUACUUGAGAAUGGUUCCUCAGUUUUGGUCUGUUUGGAGGAAGGCUGGGACAUCACUGCACAAGUGACAUCCCUGGUUCAGUUACUCAGUGAUCCCUUUUAUAGGACACUUGAAGGCUUCCGGAUGUUGGUUGAAAAAGAGUGGCUCUCUUUUGGUCACAAAUUCAGUCAGCGGAGCAGCUUGACCCUCAACUGUCAGGGGAGUGGUUUUGCUCCAGUCUUCUUACAGUUCUUAGACUGUGUACACCAGGUUCACAACCAGUAUCCAACUGAGUUUGAAUUCAAUCUCUAUUACUUAAAGUUCUUGGCUUUCCACUAUGUGUCUAAUCGCUUUAAAACAUUUCUCCUGGAUUCAGACUAUGAAAGAUUAGAGCACGGAACUUUAUUUGAUGAUAAAGGAGAAAAGCAUGCCAAAAAGGGAGUCUGUAUUUGGGAAUGUAUUGACAGAAUGCACAAGAGGAGUCCCAUUUUCUUUAAUUAUUUAUAUUCACCAUUGGAAAUAGAGGCUCUGAAGCCCAAUGUAAAUGUCUCCAGCCUCAAGAAGUGGGAUUACUACAUAGAAGAGACCCUGUCCACAGGCCCUUCCUAUGACUGGAUGAUGCUAACCCCCAAGCACUUCCCCUCCGAGGACUCUGACCUGGCUGGAGAAGCUGGGCCACGGAGCCAGAGGAGAACAGUGUGGCCAUGCUACGAUGAUGUCAGCUGUACUCAGCCGGAUGCUCUCACCAGCCUUUUCAGUGAAAUUGAAAAAUUGGAGCACAAAUUGAACCAAGCCCCUGAGAAGUGGCAGCAGCUGUGGGAAAGGGUAACCGUGGACCUUAAAGAAGAACCAAGAACAGAUCGCUCCCAAAGACACCUGUCGAGGUCCCCAGGAAUUGUGUCUACCAACCUACCUUCCUAUCAGAAGAGGUCUCUGCUACAUCUCCCAGACAGCAGCAUGGGGGAGGAACAGAAUUCCAGCAUCUCCCCAUCCAAUGGAGUGGAGCGAAGAGCAGCCACGCUCUAUAGCCAGUAUACAUCCAAGAAUGAUGAAAACAGGUCCUUUGAGGGAACGCUUUAUAAAAGAGGGGCUUUGCUGAAAGGUUGGAAACCCCGUUGGUUUGUUUUGGAUGUAACAAAACAUCAGCUGCGCUACUAUGACUCAGGUGAGGACACGAGCUGUAAAGGCCACAUUGAUCUGGCUGAAGUAGAAAUGGUCAUCCCUGCUGGCCCCAGCAUGGGAGCCCCAAAGCACACAAGUGACAAGGCUUUCUUUGAUCUCAAGACCAGCAAACGUGUGUAUAACUUCUGCGCCCAGGAUGGACAGAGUGCCCAGCAAUGGAUGGACAAGAUCCAGAGCUGUAUCUCUGAUGCCUGAUGCCCAUGGUCAACCCACGCAGAAGAAAUAGAACUCAUGCUGCCAGAUAGAAAAAAAAGCAUGGAUCCUUGAGGAGCUGACAACAAGUUAUCCCAGGGCCUGAGGUUCUCCUGCCCAGUCCCCACUCGCAGGGGUUGCUAUAUCUACUUAACCUGAAUAGGUGUUUCACACAGGUCUGGUCAACAGCCCCAUGCACUCCCUGUAUCUUGCACUAAAUUUUUCUAACAGGGUCUUAGUGGUUAAUAAUCAGAAGAUGUCUCCUGAGCCAACUGUGAACCUCACCCAGGCAAAAUGGCUACCACCUACUUGGGUCCUUCUUCAUGAAAGCUGUAGAUCCUUUUUUGUUCUCUGAGGUCACAAUUUCCUUGGAGACCUGUUUAACAAGCAAAAAUCAAAACCCUCCAAGAUUGUCUCAUAUUCUACCUAGACUAGGUUUCCUAUGAGAGGCAUCUACUUGUACUGCCUGACCUUUGAGAUGCUCAGUUCUCUGGUGCUGCCAAAAGGUGCAUCCAUGGUCCAUGCUCUGCCAGUGGGGUUCACAACAAGAGACGUCAUUGUUCAGUGGCAGGCAAAGAGGGAGCACACAGCAUUAUUCUGAUGGAAAAAGAUUAUCCAGGGAAUGGUACAACAAUGACCAGCCCAAUGCAGGAAAACACUACUUCCAAAACAUUGAAUUCUCUAGACCAGAGGCUCUCUGAGGACCAGGGCCUUGUGUUCUUAUGUAUCUACUGCUUCCUGACAGUUUCUUUUUCAAAAUAACAUGCAAAAAAAGCUGAAUGCACUAACUCACAAAACAAACACUUGCACUGAAUUCCCAAUGAAGUGAAGAUGUUGGAAAGACAGAGGCCAGCUAUUUAGGACCACACACACCUGUGACAAGGGCUGUGUUGACCACAGUCACACUGUGGCAUGACUGGAUACCCAAACUACACUUCUACGCAUGAAAAGUAAGAACUGUCUUUAGAUUUUCUUUACUUUGACAACUUGUGUUUGUUUAGCUUAAGACCCAAGAAAUGCUGUUUGCUCAUGGUAAACAGAAACAGCAUCUUUGCUACAACCACUGACACCAGCUGGCGUCAUAGGUAGCUAGAUCAUUGCAUUUGUUUUGAAAUGUUAAUAUGUUAAAUACUAAACUAAUAUUUCAAAAAUGUGUAUAUAUGAUUUCUAUAUCCUUGUUUUUCAGAUAGCCUGCUUAUAAUUUAAUAUAAAUUAACUGAUGCAUUCAUAAGAUUUCAAUAAUGAAAUGGUUCCCUUUUAAAAAAUAAAAAUACUUUGUAGAUUAAAAAUAAAUCAGAAUUUCAAAUUUAAAAUUGUCUACACACUAGGAAAUAGAACUGUGUUAAUAUAUAAGAAAUUCGGGGAUAAUUAAGAAUGAAGGACUUUUCUAUCAAUCAUUUCCAUUUUAUAAAUUGCCACCUGUGAAAAUGGUUUUUGCACAUUAUUUGUAUUUUUCUUUGUAUAUGAAAUAAUUUUUUGUACUUUGUAAAAUAUGGAGCCCAUUGUACCUUCAGCUAUUUGAGACUAUACACAGUGCUUCUUUUGUAACUGGAUUACUUUAACUUUCGUGAAGGCAUUACAUUGCCUCACAUUCACUAACCACCUUGAAUUAAAUUUAUUUCUUAAGAAAAAGCAUCCCUCA